AUGUCUGCAUGGGAAGAAACCCCAGGGCAGACCCAAGACCUGCUUGAGGAUUAUAAAUCUCCUCUGGCCUGGAAACAUUUUGGGAUCCCAAAGGAAGAACUGGAAAGCAUUGCCUGCAAGAGGGAUAAAAAAGAGGAUCCCCAGGCUGGCUUCAACCAAGAAACACUGCUGGUUUGCACCCUCGACCUGAUCGAGGCUGGAACAGAAACAGCUGCCACCACUUUACGUUGGGCCCUCGUAUACAUGAUGAACUACCCAGAGAUACAGGAGAAAGUCCAGGCAGAGAUAGACAGAGUGAUCGGACAGUCUCGCCAGCCUACAAUGGCCGACAGACCCAACAUGCCCUACGCUGAGGCCGUCAUCCAUGAGACCCAGAGGUUGGGGAAUAUUGUUCCCUUUGGAUUCCCAAAAAUGGCCAGUAAAGACACUACACUGGGAGAAUACUUCAUUCCCAAGGGCACAAGUAUUACUACGGCCCUCUCAUCUGUGCUGUUUGAUAAGAACGAGUGGGUGACUCCGGACGUAUUCAAUCCUGAACAUUUCUUGGAUUCAAAGGGCCAGUUCCUCAGGAGAGAUGCCUUCUUACCAUUUUCAGCAGGUAAACGUGUGUGUAUUGGGGAACCACUGGCCCGAAAGGAGCUGUUCCUUUUCUUUACGUCUCUCCUCCAACGCUUCACCUUCUCUCCUGUUCCUGGAGAAAUGCCCAGCGUGGAGGGUGUGAUGGGUUUCACUCAUUCCCCUGAAGAGUUCAGGAUGUUGGCUUUGCCUCGCUGAACCAAACACAGGAAUCAAUCAGCACAGCCUCCACUAUCAUUCUGAGACCAAAUCAUCCCCAGCUUAACAACUGUGGGAAAUGUCAUCCUCAGUGAAGCACUAACAUGAUUAUCACUUCUCAGACCUGCAACUAAUACAUAAUUCAUAUAAUACAAGCUCUGAACAUUUUACAGAAGUGAAACAGAACCAAAGUGAGAGAUAGAACACCUACCAGUGGUUCUACAGAAUUGUAUAAU